CGGGAGAUAGCUAUCGCAGAUUGAUUUUGCCGGAGCUAUCCUAUACCGAUUUGACAUAAUGGCGCAAUCUAAUGGGGAGUUGGAACACUCGAAAGAGGUUCCUCAGCAGACAAACGGCAAUGGCCCCGAGGGCGUGGAAGAAGAGAAUGCCGGUGGUCUCUUCCAGAUCUCCGUGAAGCUCCCUCACGAGCCUUUCAAGAUCCAGGUGAUGGUGUCCAGCCAAGAGCAGGUACAAGAUGUCCGUCAAUCGAUCGUCGAGCUCCCCGGUACCUUCCAGUACACAUGCUUCCAUCUGGAGUACAACGGAACCCGCAUCAAUGACUUCAUUGAGCUGUCUGAGGUCCCGGAUCUCAAGGCCGAUUCCGAGAUCGUGCUGGUGGAGGACCCCUACACCGAGAAGGAGGCCCGCAUGCAUGUUGUGCGGAUGAGGGAACUGGUUGGUGCUGCGGGUGACCGGGUAGACAACCUUCAUGGUAUCUCUGCAGGCCUUUCCCUGCAUGAUGCUAUCGCGGCCGAGGCCGCUGCUGCUGCUGAGUCGGAGAAGGACCACUCGCUCGCCAAGUACAACUUGACUGGUACCUCUUCGCUGCAGACCAUCCUGCCCAAGUCCGACGCCCCCCUCCCGAAGACGGUCAAGUCGAUCUCUCUGUCGCCGUGGAACCCUGCUCCGUACCACCUCCGCCAGAAGGGUCACUUGCUGUACCUUCAGGUCACCACCAACGAGGGUGAGCAGUUCCAGAUCACCUCCCACGUCUCGGGCUUCUUUGUGAACAAAUGCUCGAACACUCGCUUCGAUCCUUUCCCGAAGGUGAUGCCCAAGAAUGUCAGCGGCAGUGCACACUCCCUCCUCACCCUGCUCUCUCAGCUGUCGCCCUCGUUCAACACUGCCUUCGAGGCCCUGCAGGAGUCCAACAACCAGAAGGAUCUCCUGACUACCUUCCCCUUCCAGAACGCGAUCCCCAACAGCCCAUGGCUCGUUGCCCCGGCCUCAUCCAGCUUGAGCACUCACCAGCCCGAUAUCACUCGCUCUCAGGAGAGCUACCUGAUCUCUGGUGUGGACAAUGCGGAGACCCUGCGUGACUGGAACGAGGAGUUUCAGACCACCCGCGAACUGCCCCGCGAUACCGUUCAGGAUCGCGUUUUCCGGGAACGCUUGACCUCCAAGCUGUUCGCUGACUAUAAUGAGGCCGCUGCCCGUGGUGCCGUCCUGGUUGCACGCGGUGAGGUUGCUCCUCUGAACCCGACUGAGGCACGGGAUGCCCAGAUUUUUGUAUACAACAAUAUCUUCUACUCUUUUGGUGCUGAUGGCGUUGGCACUUUCACCUCCGAGGGCGGUGAUGAGGCUGCACGCGUUGCCGUCGGCAAGGACGUUUUGGGUAUCAAGGCAGUCAACCAGCUCGAUAUUCAGGGCCUGUUCACUCCCGGUACUGUUGUCGUGGAUUACCUUGGUAAGCGCAUUGUUGGCCAGAGUAUUGUUCCUGGUAUCUUCAAGCAGCGCGAGCCUGGUGAGCACCAAAUCGAUUAUGGCGGUGUUGAGGGCAAAGAGGUUGUUGCCACCAACGAGGAGUUCGUUCCCGUCUUUGAGAAGCUGUCCAAGGCUCUCCGCAUUAAGUCGCACCCGGUUUGGGACAAGGAUGGCAAGCGCCACAACCUUGAGGGCAGCGUUGAGACCAAGGGUCUCCUUGGUACUGAUGGCCGGAAAUACGUUUUGGAUCUGUACCGUGUUGCUCCUCUGGAUGCUUUAUGGCAGGAGGAGGAUGGCAGCGAUGUGUACCCCCACCGCAUGUCCGUCCUGAGACUGGAGCUUGUCGAGGCGUACUGGCGUAGCAAGAUGAGCGCGUACGUCAAGGCCGAGGUGGAGAAGCGCCGCGCUGCUAAGGCUGAGGAAGCCCCCAAGGAGGGCAAGUCAGAGGAAGGCUCUGAGGAGAAGACCGAGGAGUCCGCCGACAACGAGCGCGUCGACAUCUCUGGAUUCGACCUGUCUCUUAACCCCGAUGUCUUCAGUGGCCAGGUCCCUCAGACUAACGAGGAGAAAGAGCAGUGGGCCAAGGAUGAGCAGGAGGUGCGCGAUGCUUGCGACUACCUGCGCUCCAAGGUCAUUCCCGAGCUGAUCCAGGAUCUGCACGAUGGCGAUGUUGGCUUCCCCAUGGAUGGCCAGUCGCUGACCCAGCUCCUCCACAAACGUGGUAUCAACGUCCGCUAUCUGGGCAAGUUGGCUCAGCAGUCCAACGAGAAGGGUGCUCGCGUGCACGCUCUGUCCACUCUCCUGGUCCAGGAGAUGGUUGCCCGUGCCUUCAAGCACCUUGCUCACAACUACCUGUCUAAUGUCCCUGCUCCAUUCGUUGCUCCCUGUAUCGCGCACCUGCUGAACUGCCUGUUGGGCACUGAUGUGAACGCUGCCCCCCGUGCAGAGAUCGAUGAGUCGCUGCGUGAGGUCUACCCCGAGGGUGACUUCUCCUUCGAGAAGGUCACUCCCGAGUCCCUCCGUGCAGAGAUCGAGAAGCAAGUUUCUGUCCGCUACCGCUACCCUCUGGAGCAGGGAUGGGUCAGCUCGCUGCGCCAUCUGCAGCUUCUGCGCGAUAUCUCGAUCAAAUUGGGUCUCCAGCUUGGCGCCCGUGACUUUGCUUUCUCGAAGGCCCAGGUCAAGGAGCAGGCUCCUCCCACCAAUGGCGCCAACAGUAAUGCUAACGAUGACGGCAAGAAGAAGAACAACAACAAGAAGAAGGGUGGUGACAACAAGUCGAAGUCUCCAAGCCGCCCCGAAGUGGAAACCAAGCCUGCCCUUUCCAUCUGCGCUGAUGAUAUCCUGAACAUUGUGCCCUUGGUUAAGGACGCCGCUCCUCGUAGUGCUUUGGCCGAGGAGGCUCUGGAGGCCGGCCGUAUCUCGCUCAUGCAGAACCAGAAGCAACUGGGCCAGGAGCUCAUUCUGGAGUCGCUGUCUCUGCACGAGCAGAUCUACGGUAUCCUUCACCCCGAGGUUGCCAAGUUGUACCACCAGCUCUCCAUGCUCUACUACCAGACCGAAGAGAAGGAGGCCGCCGUGGAGCUGGCCCGCAAGGCUGUUAUCGUGACCGAGCGCACCCUGGGUGUUGACUCGGCUGACACCAUCCUAGCCUACCUUAACCUGAGUCUGUUCGAACAUGCUUCCGGUAACACCAAGACUGCCUUGGUGUACAUCAAGCACGCCAUGGAUCUCUGGAAGAUCAUUUACGGAGCUAACCACCCCGACUCUAUCACCACUAUGAACAACGCCGCCGUGAUGUUGCAGCACCUUAAGCAAUACGGUGACUCUCGCAAGUGGUUCGAGGCCUCUCUCGCUGUCUGCGAGGAUCUCUUCGGCAAGCAGUCCAUCAACACCGCGACCAUCCUCUUCCAACUUGCCCAGGCCCUGGCUCUGGACCAGGACUCCAAGGCUGCCGUUGGCAAGAUGCGCGAGGCCUACAACAUCUUCCUUGCUCAGCUUGGCCCCGAGGACCGCAACACCAAGGAGGCCGAGACAUGGCUCGAGCAGCUCACCCAGAAUGCUGUCUCCAUCGCGAAGCACGCCAAGGAUAUCCAAGCCCGUCGCCUACGCCGCAUCGCCAUUAACCCUCGCGGAUCCACCAUGGGCACUCGCGUCCAGCCCCAGGUCGGCCAGACUGUGCCCGAGAGUGCCGGUGCCGCCGCUUCCGGUAUGGACUCUCGCAGCAUUGAUGAGCUGCUGAAGUUCAUCGAGGGUAGCGAUGCCAGCUCCUCGCGCUCCAAGCAAAAGAAGCGCACUUCUGCCAACCCCAAGCUCCGGGGCUCCAAGCAGUCUAAGGCAUAG